CAUAACAAACACCCAACUCUGUAGAUACUCUGGGUGAGGGACUCUCCCCCCAUUUUCUUUGUCCUUCUCCGAGAGUGGGACUGACUGCAGGGCCGGCGCUCGCCAUGCCACCUACUGUAAGCUCCUCGUCGCCAUCACCACCACCCCGUCUUGGAUCAAUCCACCAUCGAUUUCAUCGCCGCUUGCCAGCUUGUAGUGAGCAAAGCCCUUGGUAGCCUGCUGACAGUUCCCAGUUCAGAUCUUCUCGCUCCGGUCGCCAAUUCGGCGACGGCGCCAACCGCAACAGAAGUCAGAUCGAUCAUGAUGUGUUUGAGGGCCUCCCUGUACGACGAUGGACACGACAAACCCAAACGGUCUCGCAAGUUCCCAAGACCGAAGUCCCGGAAGCCGUCGUGCAGGGCCCCGGGGGGAAACCAACCAUACCAGAGCACCCAAUGCCGAGGGACAGCCACCUUUUGGGUCCAAUGAGCCGAGCCCUACUGCGAGCCGCCCGCGCCGGGUGCAUAUACAUCCGCCAGGCAUCAAAAGACUCCGAGGACGAGGAGAAAGAAGCGACCGAUGGGGAAGAACCACCCCUAAUCCAGAGCACGGAGCGCAGCUUCGUCACGCGCAAAUGGACGACGGUACCGAGACAUUUGGAAUCGGCCGAAGUCGAAUUCCUUGCCAAACGACGACCGGGCUUGCCAUCACUAUACGGUGCCGCUGCUUCAUCUGCCGAUGGAAACAAUGCUGCUGCGCCGAUGAGGAGGACACGAUUCAAGAAGGUUGAUCCGACAACUGGGAAUAUCUCGAUCUACGAAGCCUGGGUGCCGGAAGGACACAAAAUUGAGGGAGAGAUCACAGAAGGAGCACAAGUUGUAGCCGACAAUAGCGCGAUCACAGUGACUCCUGAGGCGCCAGCGCCAGGUACGGUCAUUGAGGGGGUUGGAGUCGUCAACGCCGAAGGUGUGGUAGUCGCAGAUACUACCUCUGCGGCUGUCAUGACUCCUCCCAAAAGACGGCCGCCUCCCCCCAAGCGUAAGGCAAAAGGCGUUGGGAAAGGACGCAGAAAGAAGGUCAUGUUUGCUCCCGGUGAAGGCGCGGAUGCCUCCCUGGUUCAUGAUGCCAAUUCCAGUGGUGUUGAUGGCGCAGCAGAGUAUGUCAAGGAUGAGGACACGGACCCGUCACGGAUGUCAAUGGAUCGGAAUGGCCAGGAAGAUGAAGAUGAAGAGGGUGACGAUGGCGAUGAGAGCGACGAGGGUGACGAAUCGAUGCUAGAUGCAAAGACUCCGGAAACUCCGCUUCCACGUCCCAGUACCGAGCCGCCGGCCGACUCAGUGCCUGCGUCUGCACCUGCUCUUGCCUCUGACUUCGCUUCGGCAACAGAACCGGCUGCAACAACUGCACCGGACACUACGGAAGCUGCCGUGCCUGCUCCAGGGAUUUCAUCCGCAGAAGCUUCAGAAACCCCGGCACAACCAGUCAUGCCGCUAACUGAGCCGCCAGUUGCCGAACCUCCCGCAGAAGUGGUUGCCAGUCUGCCCGAAUCAGCAAAUUUUGAGAAGCCAAGUGAGGCACCAACAUCUACAGAGGAUGUGGAGAUGGCUGAAGCCACCCCAAUACCUGAACCUGAAGAUAUCGUACCCGCUGCUCCUUCUCGGCAAGAAAUAGCUAUACAGCAACAGGAGCCGGCUCCGGAGAGCGCUGGAACUGCUCCUACCCUAUUACCCCAGGAGGCUCCUCAAGCUUCGGUAACAGAAGCGUCCCCAGUCGUACCAGCGGUGGAGCAGGCUGUCAGUGAAACGCCUGCGGAGAAGUCAAUGGAAACGGCUCAGACAGGCCCUGAUGUGGCCCAGGUGGCAAUCCAGGAUGAUCAGGUGAUGGACUCAAUCAUGGAGGAUUUUGCACCCCUCGUUCAAACAGCACACAACCAACCCCUAGAGGAACAGCCAGUCGAACAAGCUGUUCCUGAACAAGCCCAACCCCAACCUAGCCAGGUUAUUGCAGAUGAUAAGGAAGUCGACCUCCUGGGUACUUUGGAAGCAAGUUUGGGCCGUCCGCCGAACGAAGAACAGGAUGGCGAUCAAGUAAUGGACGUUGGGAACGAGGCCGAUGCGCAAACCCCCGUCGAGCAGCCCGCUGUCACAGAACCAGCCGAGCGGGAUGAGGAUAGAAGAGCAAAACAUGUCGCGGAGGUCACUGAAGUGGCUACUGAAGCGGCCACCGAACCGGGCGAACAAAUCGCAGAACCCUCAGCAGAAAAGCGCACAGAGGAACCUCCAAGGCCUAUUGAACAAGUUCUAGAAAUACCGGCAGAACAAAUCGCAGAGCAGGUAGAAGAACAGGCAGAAGAACAGGCAGAAGAACAGGCAGAAGAGCAGGCAGAAGAACAGGCAGAAGAGCAGGCAGAAGAGCAGGCAGAAGAGCAGGCAGAAGAGCAGGCAGAAGAGCCAGUCUUGGAGCAACAUUUCCUGCCACAACAGCCUGACCAGUCAGAGCUACCUGUCCAAUCAGAGCUACCUGUCCAACCAGAGCAACCUGUACAGCCUGUGCAGCAAGAACAGCCAGAGCAACCUGUACAGUCUGUCCAGCAAGAACAGCCUGUGGAGCAAGAACAGCCCGUGGAGCAAGAACAGCCCGUGGAGCAAGAACAGCCCGUGGAGCAAGAACAGCCCGUGGAGCAAACAAUAGCACAGGUCCUGGAGGAUGUCCCAUUCCAGGCUGCGGCCCCAACUCCUGAUAUUGCCACUGAGCAGCAGAGCGAGCAGCCGCCUGUCGAGCAACCAUCCGAGCCUCAGACUGAGCAACCACAAGAGGCACUGGAAGCCCCUGUGCUAGUCAGCACAGAGGAGCCAGCUCCCCAGGUGGAAGAAGCAGCAGCUCCACCUCAGCAGCCAGAGGAAGCCCAAGCACCCAAAGAAACCACUCCACCUGCAUCAACUACAGUGGAGGACGUACAACAACAGACAGAGCCGGUAUCGGCACCACAACCCCAGGCCGAGCAACCCUCCGAGCUUAUUACUGAAAAGGUCUUUACCCCAGGCGACUCUGCGCCCAUUCCCGAGCCUAUACCCAAGCAAAACCAAGAGGGCGCAAAUCCCGAAGAGGCAGAGCAAUCAGCCGAGACUACUGCAGCUUAGGCUCAUAUAGAGCCUAUUCUUUCCAAAUAUACUCAUUAUCAGACUUCUUGGAACCAGAAAUGUUGUUGCCAGUUCAGGCGCAGCUAGGAACGGCGCUAUGGCGCGAUAGCCAGAAAGGCUUGAUUUACUUGAAUUGAUUAUUGCUGUCCGCAGCAUAGCCAUCAUCGGGUUUCUCUUUUGUUGUAUCAUAGGGCUUUCAUUUCACAUCAUUAGAUGCAGUGUACAACAUGGCACAUAAACUUGUCUUUUCGGGGUUUGGGGUUUUCCUCCUCUCUUCUAUAAUGCAGCUCAUCGCACACAAACCAG